UAAACUACAAAGUACCAAAACUCGUUGAACUUCACUGAAACGAGGAAUACAGAGCUAAAGCAAGUCAGCAACAGCAAACAGUUAGCAGGAGAAUGGAGACGAAGCAAACUGAUAUUAAAUUGAAAACUCCAGUUCGUUGCAUCGUCAAACUCGGAGGUGCGGCAAUCACAUGCAAGAAUGACUUUGAAAAGAUAAAUGAAAGCAAUCUUGUUGAGGUUUCUUCACAGUUGCGUGAGGCAAUGAUGUCUGGAUCUUCAUCUGGGCCAGUUCUUGAAAUGGAUUGGAGCAAACGCCCUGGAAUUUCAGAAACUUCAGUUACAGUGGACGCUUUUAAAGAACAAGAAGCAUUUGGCUACAACAGUUUCGUUGUUAUUCAUGGAGCUGGUUCUUUUGGUCACUUUCAAGCUAGCAAAUCCGGUGUUCAUAAAGGGGGGUUGAAUAAACCUCUUGUGAAAGCUGGCUUUGUUGCUACUAGGAUUUCUGUGACAUCCCUUAAUCUUGAAAUAGUUAGAGCACUUGCAAGAGAGGGUAUUCCAUCAGUUGCGUUGUCUCCAUUUUCGUGUGGAUGGUCAACCCAUGACAGAAAUAUAGCAUCUGCUGAUGUGUCAACCGUGGUUAAUGCCCUUGAUUGCGGUUUUGUUCCAGUUUUGCAUGGGGAUGCAGUACUCGAUGAGUCACUGGGUUGCACUAUAUUAAGUGGAGAUGUAAUUAUAAGUCAUCUGGCAUCACAUUUAAAGCCUCAAUUCGUUGUUUUCCUUACCGAUGUUUUUGGUGUAUAUGAUCGCCCUCCUUCAGAACCUAAUGCUGUACUUCUCAGGGAGAUUGCUGUACGUGAAGAUGGAAGCUGGUUUGUUGUGAAACCAACAUUUGAAGGCACAGAUAAGCAAGUUGAGAUUAGUGUAGCAUCCCAUGAUACAACAGGAGGGAUGGUGACUAAAAUAUCAGAAGCUGCAAUGAUUGCGAAACUUGGUAUUGAUGUGUAUAUUGUGAAGGCAGCAACAGAACACUCAUUGAUAGCCUUAAGUGGCAAAUUGAGAGAUGAGAUCCCUGAGGAUUGGCUUGGAACAGUUAUCCGUUAUGUUCCAUAAAACAAGGGAUGAUUAUUAUUAUGCAUUUUGCAACUGUUUAUUCAUGGAUUUUUGUUGUUGUUUUCAUGCUAUUUGACUUGUUCAGAUGGAAGGUUGAGGGAAUUUUUAGGUUAUAAUUGUUUUAAUUACGAUUUUACAUGGUUAUAAUUUUG